AUUGUUUGACCAAUAAGAUUUCGGUACAGUAUGACGUGGCACCGGGAAGCUCGUACAAUCACUGCACUUUACCGGUGUCUGUAGCUGUUCAUGAGCUAUACAGAGCUAAGUGUUUUAGCGGCGCUUUAAACAUAAAUCCAUCUGAGUUAUUUUAGCCGAAAUGUUGUGUUUAAGCGGGUUGUCGGUGGCUUUCGCGCUCGCUCUGGUGCCAGGUCCCGCUGAAGCCCUGAGAGAAGGAGACUGUGAAGUGUGUGUGAACUUCCUUGGGAAGUUUUACCAGUCGCUUAAGGACAACGAUGUAAAGUUCAACAGCGCAGACAUUGAGAAGGCCCUCACCAAGAGCUGCGGAGAGACUAAAGGCAAAGAAAACCGCUUUUGUUACUACAUUGGGGCAACGAGCGACGCAGCCACCAAAAUUAUCAACGAGGUGUCCAAACCGCUCAGCUACCACGUCCCCGUGGAGAAGAUCUGUGAGAAACUCAAGAAGAAGGACGGUCAGAUCUGUGAACUGAAAUAUGACAAGCAGCUGGACCUGACCACAGUGGACCUGAAAAAGCUUAAAGUGAAGGACCUGAAGAAGAUCCUGGAGGAAUGGGGCGAGUCCUGUAAAGGCUGUGCCGAAAAGUCCGACUUCAUUCGUAAAAUCACAGAGCUCAUGCCCAAGUACGCCCCUGCAGCCGCCAAAGCACGGACAGACCUGUAACGAGGAACAAACACGCAGCUCUGGACAGACUGCUGUCCAGCAAGAGGGCCCAGGAGAGGAGGAGGGGAGAUUUGUCUUGGUUAUGUUUGUCUUGGUUUUUUGAGGGAAUGCACUCAUCUGGUAACCCUAAAGACUCAGAAGCAUACAGUAGAUGUUAGUGUAUACAUAUGAGGCUGGAGUUUUAAAUGAAGGGUGAGGAGAAUGAACAGUGUUUGCAGUCACAGAAUGCAAGGUUGGGGUGGUGUUCAUAGCACCGGAGCACCGAUUAAAGGGGACAAUGAAGCACUUUGGGAGCAAGUUUCUUGCUUAAGUUGUCAAUAUAUUUCUCAGUAAGCUGCUAAAGAAGUGACAUUUGACUAAAUUCUCCAACACUGUAAGAAACUAUUUGCUUGAAUGCACAACAGCAGACUGUUUGUCGUUCAGUGUGCUGCCCAGGACUUCCCACCUUGAUUGGAAUCACAAACCCACAUCUCCAGCCUCGACCACUGCCACUCUGAUACCCGCUGAGUCAAUGCCAAGAUACUUCCUGGAAAUGGAUCAUGUUUUGAAGAAUGUGUUCAGUUUGCUGUAAUCCUGUUCAAGUAAAAUUUCCAUGACGUCGUGUGGAGGAUGACCUCUGACACUUAAAGGAGUAGUUUGACAUUUUGGGAAAUCUUCUUGCUGAGAGUUUGAUGUGAAGGUUUCUCACUGUCUUGUCUGUCUGAUAUAAAGCUACAGCCAGCAGCUGGUUAGCUUAGCAUGAUGAGUAGAAACAAAGAACUAACCUGGCUCUGCUUAAAGGGUAAAAAAAAAAACAAAAUCCAUGUUUAAAGCUAACUUUUUUUUUUUUUUUACCUUGUUUUAAUCUGUACGAAAAACAAAGUGUAAAACAGUUUUCCAUUAAAUGAGCAUGCUUCCCAAAAUGUCAAACUGUUGUCAAAGCCCAGAUUAAUGUAAAUACAAGCUGAUGACCACUGCUGUGGAGACAUCCAGAUGUCCUACACUCUCCCCUUUGAACCUCCAGUUUAGUCUUUUAUUUUAUUUUUUUUUUUUUACUCGUGUUUCUGUUAACGAAGUCGCCCAUAUUCCAACCCAGACUCACAAUGGGACACAAUGUGUAGUUAUUAAAAAGAAGGAUUAAAUCAACUGUUUGCUUUUCCCUUAUUUGUGACACAGCACCGUGGGCCCUUGGAGAGCUAAACUUUGUUUAUGGAAACGUCCUGAAGCAGCAAAUCAUUUACAUCUACUCCAGACAAAUGCAGGACCUGCCUAGCGAGUACAUUUGACAUCAGUCAACAUAGUGAGACAGGUACUGGAAAUGGCUGUUUGGUGUAUGGACGUAACUUUGAAGCAGCCCUGGUAACAACGAGGGACUAGUGAUCUGGUCUUGUACUUGUAGCUUCUCCCAAGGUGAGUUUGGCUCAGACGACAUGGAGUAUGGGUGACUUAUGUUUUACUAGUUUUUGACACAGGAAGGUACAUCAGUCCCUCCACUGUCAGCAAAAUAGAAGUAUUUAGGUGAGAUAUUUAUUAAUGUUUUUUAAAUUUUCCUGUUUAUCAUUCCAAUAAGUGACUAUUGCCUUCCUGCGUUGUUUUGGUCGGACUGGUCACGUUCCAGGUGGUUUCUGUACCGCUGCUGUGAGACCUGUGAACGCCACCUCUGCCCACCUGUCACUUCCAAGCAGCGCUGGGUCCACUUGCAGUAUAAUCCAGUCAGGAAUUGGAUAAUGCAGUCCUUGAAAUUUAAAAUAAAAACAAGAAAAUUGACUCUGUGUGAGCUGAUCUUUAAAGAUGUGUUCCCACUCGCACACAUGUCACAAAUUAAUCUGUGCAAGAAUAUUUUUGGUUCCCAACCCCCUACACACGCCGACUGCUUUGUCUUCAGACAGGAUUGAUAUUUUAGUGUUUGAUGUUAAUAAAUGGUGUGUACUAAAAUUA